ACAGAGACUAAGCCAAAAAAAAUGUGAUAACUGAGUAAGAUGGGAUCCAACAGGAGUGUAGUAGAAGAGAAUGAAAUAAUUUGUGAGUAACCCUUUUUCUAAAAGUUUUAAUGUAACAGUUCUUAAUGAAGAAAGACAAAGGCUUGAACACAUGCUACAUGUAUGGCUUUUGAUGAUUAAUUACCUGAAGAUUAAUAAAUUUGAAAUUUAUCAGUUAAGGAAAUGGAACAACUUGAGGAACCUGAUCAAUCUAUCUCAGGAAGGAGGCAAGAAAUUCGAAAGAGAAGACGCCCCAGCCAACCCAUGAUAGAUAAAUCCCUGCAAACUGAAGCAUCAGAGAAAAAGAUACUCUCAAGCACACCACAGUCAUCUGGCCCCAAACCUAUACUUAGUGUUGACAAAGGCAACUACUCUGCCAAAGAAUCUGAGUCUCGUAGUAUAUCUUCUCAACUUCAGCAAAGUUGGGCAAAGAGAAAGCAUGGACAGGAAAUGGCUCACAAAUCACUGCAGACAGACUCCGUCCUAAAAGGGAAACAAGACUUCAAUUUCAUUGAUGAAACAAUGGUACCUGAAGAAAAGCCGGCUGGCACUGGGAAAGCAGCCUCUGAGUUACCAGAACGGGUUCAGGAGGUGGAAAUUCCCACAUGCAACCCCUCUAUUCAGUUAAAAAUAGACAGAUCUCAGCAGACCAGUUGUACUGGAGCCAUGCUGAACCUUCUCCAAGUAGAGAAAGAAGACAAGGAGCAGCAGACAUCUUUUAGUGAACUUGAAGUCAUGGUUGGCUCUAACCCAAGUAGUUCUUUGACCAAAUCAAAGAAAGGUACCCAGACAGACAAAUCCCCAGGAAAUGUUUGUGUUAGUGAACAUCCUGAAUUUCAACCAGAGAGAAGUAGUCAUGAAGAAAUUAGGCAGAAAAGUGCUGACAGUGUUUUAUUUACUCCAGAAACCAAAGAAGAUAAUCCAGUACUUUUAGAAGAUGGUUCUAGGGCAGAGGUAACCAUACCUGUUGAAGAAGUUUCCUCUGUUACAAAAGGGGCUUCUGCUGAAAUGGAGGUCCUACCCACAGAACAAACCCCUGCUGAAGUACAGUCUCCCACUGCAGAGGCAAUCCCUGCCAAAGUCAGAUUUCCACCAGCUGAAGAGGCCCCUGAGAAGGCAGAGCCCAGCCUUACUGAGAGAAUCUCGGCUGAGGCAGCUAUUAUAACAGCGAAUGUCUUUGUUUUGGCACAGGCCCAGUCAGCUGGCCAGGUGCCUUUAAUGGAGUCUUCUUCACCAGGGGAAAAGAUCAGAAAGAAGUCCUAUGAUCAAGAAGGGUAUCCAUCAGCUGAAGUGAGUCAUUUUGAAACUUUUUAUCCUGAUGUUCAGCCUAUGCUUGCAGAAAAGUCCCAGGUUGAAGUACUGCCUCCAAUAGAUGAAGAUGCCCAUGAAGAUGCUUUAGGUAAAGUAGAACCUAGUGUGGCUAAAGAGAACUCCGCUGAGGUUCAGUCUCCAUCGGCUCAAGUGUCUUUUGCAGAAGAGGUUCUGACUAAAAUCCAGCCUCUAUCAGCUGAGGAGGCUCUUGCAGAAGAAGUCACAGGUGAAUUUCAGGCUCCAGCUUUUGGAGAGGCUCUUGCAGAAGAGGCCCCUGCUGAAAUCCAGUCUCCAGAUGACAAAGCUCAUGUAGAAGAGGCACCUGCUUUUGAGCCUCCCCCAGCUCAAAAGGCUUUUGCAGAAGAGGGUCUAGCUGACAUUCAGCCUCUAUCAGCUGAGGAGGUUCUUGCAGAAGACACCCCUGCUCAAGUCCAGCCUCUACCUGCUGAGGAGACUUCUCUAGAAGAGGCCCCUGCUGAAGUGCUGUCUCCACCAGCUGAGAAGACCCCUGCUGAAGUCCAGUUUCCACCAGCUAAGGAGGGUCCUACUGAAGUCCAGCCUCCACCAGCUGAGAAGGCGCCUGUGGAAGUCCAGCCUUCACCAGAUGAGGAGGCCCCUGCUGGAGUCCUGUCUCCAUCAGCUGAGGAGGCCCCUGCUGAAGUCCAGCCUCAACCAGUUGAAGAGGCCCCUGCUGAAGUCCAGCCUCAACCAGUUGAAGAGGCCCCUGCUGAAGUCCAGCCUCCACCAGCUGAGAAGACCCCUGCUGAAGUCCAGUCUCCACCAACUGAGGAGGCCCCUGCUGAAGUCCAGCCUCCACUAGCUGAGGAGGCCCCUGCUGAAGUCCAGCCUCCACCAGCUGAGGAGGCCCCUGCUGAAGUCCUGUCUUCACCAGCUGAGGAGGCCCCUGCUAGAGUCCAGCCUUCACCAGCUGAAGAGGAUCCUGCUGGAGUCCUGUCUCCACCAGCUGAAGAGGCCCCUGCUGGAGUUCAGCCUCCACCAGCUGAGGAGGCCCCUGCUGAAGUCUUGCCUCCACCAGCUGAGGAGGCCCAGGCCCCUGCUGGAGUUCAGCCUCCACCAGCUGAGGAGGCCCCUGCUGAAGUCCUGCCUCCACCAGCUGAGGAGGCCCGUACUGAAGUCCAGUCUUCACCAGCCUAGGAGGCCCCGGCUAGAGUCCUGUCUUCACCAGCUGAAGAAGCCCCUGGUCAAGUUCAGCCUCCAUCAGCUGAAGAGGCUCCUUCCAAAGAGGUCCCUGCCAAAGUCCAGUCUUUGCAAGCUGAAAAAUUUCCUACAGAAGAGGCACCUGCUAAAGUCAAGUUUCUAUCAUCUGAAAAGUCCCCAGAAAAGGCCUCUCAUGCCACUUCAUCUCCAAUAGUUGAGGUCUCUGCAGAAGUUUACUCUUCUUCACUUGAAGAGACCUCUACAGAAGAGGUCGAAUCUGAAGUUCAGCCUCCACCAGUUGAGGGACUGUGAAGAAGAGGCCCUUCCUGAAGUUCAGUCUCCACUGUUGUGUGGAGGCUCUGACAGAAGAGACCCUUCUGAGGUUCAGCAGCUGCCAGUUUAGGGGGAGCCUGCAAAAGUGGCCUCUGCAGAAGUUUGGGCUCUGUCAGCUGAGAGGGUCUCUGAAGUAGAGACCUUGCUGAUAAACAUGCUCAUCAACUGAUAUAGUUCCUACUGUAGACUUCCCCUUGCAAGAGACUCAGCUGCAAUUUUACCUCCAUGAUCUGAACAAGGCCCUGCAUGUGAAGCUGUAGUAGAGAAUGUCUGUACUGACUGUCAAUCUCCUUGGUAGCAGGUGCCUCAGGGCAAAUAUUGGGGUCCGUUGUUUUUAAAGGUGUUACAAAAUUUGAAUAAAUGUUUCUUGUUCCUGAAGAUGUAUCUAAUGCUAAGAACAAGUAGGUUUGUACUAUUGAAAUAUAAGGUGUCAUUCAAGUGAGAUUUAAAAAAAAAAACUCCUGAGCUGAAGUUAGGUCCUAACUAGUAAUCAGAGGCUGAGAGGUUAUAGAAGUCUAAAAAAGUAUAGAAAUCUGAAAAAAUAUGAGAAUACAGUAAAUGAAAGGGAAUCUCAAGAGUGAGCAUGAAA